CAUCAUGACCAACAUAAACCAGCACACUCACAUAUGAGCUUGUCAGACCAACAUGACCAGCUUCCUAAGAUGGUCACACCAGCAAGUCCAAGUGGUGGCCCAACCAGUAGACCAGCAAAGACCAGCACAAACUGAUGAAAAACCAGCUAAGACCAGCCAAAACCAGCCACCGACUUAGGCUGGUGUGUAGCUGUUGUUUUUCAGCAGGGUUAAGCCUAAUUAUCUAGGCCUAGGCCACAUGUUUGAUGUCAUUAAAAAAUACACUAAUAUCCAUUCCUAAUGUUUAGAUUAAAUGUGGCAUAAUUUAUGUAGCCUAAACUUUUAGUUUCAUUUUUUAAAACUCAGACCUCAAUCAUUUUGGAUUGACUUUCAUUGGAGGAGACUAUGCAAAAAUGUCAUGCAAUCUCAUCAGGCUCAUCAGCCUAACAAAAUUCGGCAGGCUCUAUGCCUGUUUUGAUAGAUUUAUCCUUCCUCAUUUGUGAACUGUUGCGAAGCAUAGUUGCAUUAAGAGAUGGUAGCCUAAUGUAUGGCUACAUAAAUUACUCCAAUAUAUUCUUAAAUUAAUGAAUGAAUAAAUAAAUUUGUCACUUUGACCAUUAGUUACCAGUCUACCCCAAACUGUGAUAACAGUCCAGGGAUUCUGAAAAUUGUUGCCUGUAAAGAUAAACCCAAAGUAGGCUAAGUAGGCAUACAAACCUUUUUUUCCAUCGUGAUAAGGUGCGACGAGGAAUAUUUUCUUUCAGCCAUUCAUUUUUUUCGCAGUGUUUUCUUUUUAACAUAAUUAAAAACACAGUGAAUAAUGCGAUUCAGGAUACUAGCGACGCUGCGCGCUCAAUCCUGCUCCCUGCCUCUCGCGAAACACCGUGAGAUCUCCAUCUUCCAAUGAGACAGCUGCGACGUUCGAAUCGAAACAGAAGUUGUGGAGUCAGGAGAGGCCGGAGAGGGAGCAAGGAGUGAGCGAGAACAUACAUCACUUUUAUAAUGGAAGAAACAAUAGUGGCAGAAACACCAGCCAGGAAGUUUGCUGUGGUACAGUGGUCAGAAGGAGAUGACAAGGGCAAGUUAAGUGAUUCGCUAUGAUGACACAAAAAUGGGCCCUGAUGGGCUUCCUUUAAGCCUGUAUCUGGCUUCAGUUGAGUGGCGACGUGGGAAGAGGCCACAAGGAGGUUAUCCUCAUUAUGCAGCUAAUGUGAAGUUUGUGACUGGUUCUCGUUAUGAGGCCACACGAAAAUUGAAUGAGCUAACAAAAAGCAAUAAGCCAGCCCCACAAACAAAGAGGAUCUCUGUGCCCCCCAAGAAGUAUGGGGAAGAAUCAGACGACACAGACACGGAAGUUCCUCAACAAACAGAUAAGCUUCUGUUUUGACCAGAGGUUAAAAGUCUCCCAGACUGAUCCUGCAAAGGAGUUUCUGAAGAUGUAUGGUGGGAUACCACAAACUUCAUCAGAUGAGAUCAACAACCUGAAAAAAUCUGUCUCUGCUUUGACCCAGAAAAACAUAGACUUGGAGAAAGAGUGCCAAAAGUGGAAAGACUUGGUUCUUCAAGAUGUGCCAGGACUCAUUUUUGGCAUGAAGAAGAUUAUAUGCCAGCCUGCCUCUCCCAGGACGCCCGGAUCAGAGGACUGUCCUUCACAGUGUCUUCCCUAUUUCACUCAGCCCACCUCCAGCCCCUCAUCUACUGUUUCAACACAGUCUAGUUCACCUUCAGCCAGCUCCCAGUCAUCAAAGAUGGCAAUUGAUGCUGGGAGUGGAGACAUGGAUACAACUAGUUCUUCACCAUCAAAGGUUGAGAUCUUCAAAGGCAGUGGUGUCAUGGUGGAUAAGCUUGCAUGGGCUUACGCAGUUAAUGCAAAUUCAUGUACAACAUUUGUAAGACAACUGCUUACAGCUGUAUUCCCCCCUGAAGUGCUUCUAGUCAGUAAUCUUCGGGGAACCAACAAGGGGAAGGGAGAGGCUCGUCUCCCCCUUGAGAAGACCAAAGUUGAUGCCAUCUACAAUGCAACUCUGGAGAGAUGGCCGGGUACCCCUCUGUCCUUGAUAGGGAGCAGCAUCAAUGGGAAGAUAACAGAGAUGCGGAAUAAAGUUAAGCAACAGAAAUGAGAACAUUGAAAUGUACGUUUUGUUCUUAAUAACACAGUUCAGUUCAUAAAUAUUACGUACAGUUAUGGACAGUAUGAAUGAGUUCAUUAUACCACUUAAAAUGGCACUUUAUCUCCUAAAUUGUGGGAAUGGCAGAAAGCUGCAAUGUCUGCCACUGAUGUUGAAAAUAAGGUUUUUUUUUAUAACGACAUGCCUAACCAUCAUGUUUUUGAUAGGAUCA